AUGGCCUGCCGGAGCGGCUGCUGUUGUGGCUUCGGUCCCUUCAACGAGGAUAACGCCAGGUUCCUAAUGUUAGCGGUGUUUAUAAUCCUAUACCUCCUCUGCGGUGCCGCUGUCUUUUCAGCACUGGAACAGCCGAUGGAAGCAGAGGCGAAGGACCGCUGGGCGCAGCGUUUUGAACAGUUUAGCCAAAAGAAUAACCUGAGCAAGAAAGAGCUGGACAACUUCUUGAGGAACUACGAGGAGGCGAACUUGGCCGGGAUUCGCGUGGACACUAUCAGACCUCGGUGGGACUUUACCGGCGCGUUCUACUUCGUGGGGACUGUGGUCUCGACCAUAGGGUUUGGAAUGACCACGCCAGCGACCAUCAGCGGUAAGAUCUUCCUCAUCUUCUACGGCCUGAUCGGCUGUGCCUCCACCAUCUUGUUCUUCAACCUCUUCCUAGAGCGCGUCAUCACCGUCAUCGCCUUCGUCCUCAAGUCCUGCCACGAGCGUCGCCACCUUCGCAAGGCCGUGCUUCCUCAAAAUGGCCGCCGACGCCUCUCUGAGGGCAGCGGUGGAGGCGGCAGGGGCGGAAGAGGCGGCAGGGGAGAGGGGCUGGCUGGGUGGAAGCCCUCGGUGUACUGUGUGAUGUUGAUCCUGGGCGCCGCCGCCAUCUUGGUAUCCUGCUGUGCCUCGGCCAUGUACUCUGCUGUAGAAGGCUGGGGCUACCUGGAUUCUCUGUACUACUGCUUCGUAGCGUUCAGCACCAUUGGGUUUGGGGACAUGGUGAGCAGCCAGAUGUUUGCAUACGACGAGGGGAAUGAGAACCAGACGGCGUACCGGGUGGGUAACUUCCUGUUUAUUCUGACAGGAGUUUGCUGUAUCUACUCCCUGUUCAACGUCAUCUCCAUCGUCAUCAAACAGGUGCUGAACUGGCUGCUGAGGAGGCUGGAGGUGCCAUGUCGCUGCCCAGGGAGGGGGGGCCACCAACCGCACACCAGACACCCCCGCAGGAACGUGGUAGUGCCCGGACACCUGAGGGCCAGGCGGGACCUGUCCAUCGAGACGGACGCGGUGAACGACAGCGAGGCGGACGGACGGAGGAUGUCUGGAGAGAUGAUCUCCAUGAAAGACUUCCUGGCUGCCAAUAAGGUGAACCUGGCCAUCAUGCAGAAGCAGCUGUCAGAGAUGGCUAACGGUCACCCUCGCCAGUCAGGCUCCAGCUCCCGCCACAAUGGCUUCUCCGGAGGGGUGGGCGCCCUGGGCAUCAUGAACAACCGCCUGGCGGAGACCAGCGUGGACAGAUAGGCCUACACCUAUGUAUACAUAUAAGUCAGACUGAUUGACUGGCCAGAGAGACAGUCACAAGAAAUCAGGACUUCCUCUAAAAAUACAUUGGUUUUAAUUGAACAAAUAGAGAAAUGUACAAUACCCCAGCCCAACUCAAUUCCAGGAGAAUAAUUGACCCCAUGGACUAAAGCCUGGCCAGACCACAUCAGUUAAGAAUAUGUCACGUACACCCCGCACAUUCAAUCAAGGGGAAGGGGAAGGAAGUGCAGUGGCAUUCAGUGUGCAGAAAGUUAGCUGUUUCAUAACUGUAGAGACAAUGAAAUACAGUACGUCUGCCCUACUUAAUCAAGCUGUCCGUCGCAGGAGAACAAUUGACCUGAAGUACCAACCUAUACCGCGACGAGGUUCCAUUGUAAAAGAACUCUGCCUGCCGCCACCCAUUCUUCUCUGAUGCAUGCUGGUUCAUCAGGCAGUGUCUGUGUGCCUGUGUGCAUGAGUGGGUUUGUGUGUGUGUCUCCUUCACCCACAUCUGGAUCAUGACCAACUGUAGCUACUGCUGGAAUCUGGUGGUUACGGUUACCGAGGCAGUUUCCAUGGUGACACUACAGAAUACAGAAAGCUACCCAGAGACAUUGUAGCUGAGUGGUUUCAAACUACCCUAUGGUAUUCUUCAUAUCACUAGCGAAUAACAGCUAGCCAACAAACUGCUCAUCACCACGACUACAAACAGCCUACACUGUCAUUUUGAUCAAGAAGACCCACCGCUCGCCUGCUUUUCAGAGAAAACACCUAAAGGGGAAAUAGCCUUCUAAGAAAAAUACUGAAUUUCCACUGUGUGUAAGAAACCUUAACCGAUCUAUAAGGGGAGACAGCCUUAUGAAAGGCAGGCAAGACUUUUAGAGACAGCUGAAUGUGGCAAACAGAAACACUGUCUAAUUAUCAUGCUUCUGUCUGAGUGGUUAUGGCUACAGACUUGUUAUGUUCAUCAGCUGUGAUGGGUUUUCUAUUGCACUGCUUCCUCUAU